UCCCCCGCCCUCCCCUCCGCGCCUCGCCUCCUCCGCCCCGCGCCCUGCGGUGCUGCAGCUGCGGGCGGCUCCAGCUGCCCCCAGAUGUGGGCUGGGCGGCGCGCGGGGAACUUUCGCGCCGGCAGCGAGUGCGGGGCCCCGGCUGCGGUCCGGCUGCCAUGGAUCCGCCGGCGGGAGCCGCUCACCGCCUGCUCUGCCCCGCGCUGCUGCUGCUGCUGCUGCCGCCGCUCCUGCUGCCGCCGCCGCCCGCGGACGCCCGACUCGCCGCCGCCGCCGCCGACCCCCCAGGAGGGCCCCUGGGGCACGGAGCGGAGCGCAUCCUGGCGGUGCCGGUGCGCACUGACGCCCAGGGCCGCUUGGUGUCCCACGUGGUGUCGGCGGCGUCUGCCCAGGCUGGGGUACGCGCCCGCAGGGCCGCCCCUGACCAGACCCCGGGCUUACCUGGAGGCAACGAGGAGGACCCCGGCGGCCGCCUCUUCUACAAUGUCACAGUCUUCGGCCGAGACCUGCACCUGCGGCUGCGGCCCAAUGCCCGCCUCGUGGCGCCCGGGGCCACGGUGGAGUGGCAAAGCGAGUCGGGCGCCACCCGCGUGGAGCCCCUGCUCGGGACGUGCCUCUAUGUCGGAGACGUGGCGGGCCUGGCUGAAGCCUCCUCCGUGGCGCUCAGCAACUGCGACGGGCUCGCUGGCCUGAUCCGUAUGGAAGAGGAGGAGUUCUUCAUCGAGCCCUUGGAGAAGGGGCUGGCAGCUGAGGAGGCUGAGCAGGGCCGUGUGCAUGUGGUGUAUCGCCGGCCACCCACUCCCAGAUCCCCUCCUCUGGGGGGGCCACAGGCCCUGGACACAGGGCCCCCUCCGGGCAGCCUGGAUAACCUCAGCCGUGCCCUGGGUGUCCUGGAGGAGCGUGUCAAUGGCUCGAGGCGCAGAGCGAGAAGGCACGCUGCAGAUGGUGACUACAACAUCGAGGUUCUGCUGGGUGUGGAUGACUCUGUGGUCCAGUUCCAUGGGAAGGAGCAUGUGCAGAAGUACCUGCUCACGCUCAUGAACAUCGUCAACGAAAUCUAUCAUGACGAGUCCUUGGGGGCCCACAUCAAUGUCGUGUUGGUGCGGAUAAUCCUGCUUAGCUACGGGAAGUCCAUGAGCCUCAUUGAGAUUGGGAACCCCUCUCAGAGCCUGGAGAACGUCUGCCGCUGGGCUUACCUCCAGCAGAAGCCGGACACAGGUCACGAUGAAUACCACGAUCAUGCCAUCUUCCUCACAAGGCAGGACUUCGGGCCUUCGGGCAUGCAAGGCUAUGCUCCUGUCACCGGGAUGUGCCACCCCGUCCGUAGCUGCACUCUGAACCACGAGGAUGGCUUCUCCUCGGCGUUCGUGGUGGCCCACGAGACCGGCCAUGUGCUGGGCAUGGAGCACGAUGGGCAGGGCAACCGCUGUGGUGACGAGGUGCGGCUGGGCAGCAUCAUGGCGCCGCUGGUGCAGGCAGCCUUCCACCGCUUCCACUGGUCCCGCUGCAGCCAGCAGGAGCUGAGCCGCUACCUGCACUCCUAUGACUGCCUGCGGGAUGACCCCUUUGCCCACGACUGGCCGGCGCUGCCCCAGCUCCCAGGGCUGCAUUACUCCAUGAACGAGCAGUGCCGCUUCGACUUCGGCCUGGGCUACAUGAUGUGCACGGCAUUCCGGACCUUCGACCCCUGCAAACAGCUGUGGUGCAGCCACCCUGACAAUCCCUACUUUUGCAAGACCAAGAAGGGCCCCCCUCUGGACGGGACCAUGUGUGCACCUGGCAAGCACUGCUUUAAAGGACACUGCAUCUGGCUGACGCCUGACAUUCUCAAACGGGAUGGCAACUGGGGCGCCUGGAGUCCGUUCGGCUCCUGCUCACGCACCUGCGGCACAGGUGUGAAGUUCAGGACCCGCCAGUGUGACAACCCACACCCAGCCAACGGGGGUCGCACCUGCUCUGGCCUUGGCUAUGACUUCCAGCUGUGCAACCCCCAGGACUGCCCUGACACCCUGGCUGACUUCCGCGAGGAGCAGUGCCGCCAGUGGGACCUGUACUUCGAGCACGGUGACGCCCAGCACCACUGGCUGCCCCACGAGCACCGGGAUGCCAAGGAGAGAUGUCACCUCUACUGCCAGUCCAAGGAGACCGGGGAGGUGGUGUCCAUGAAGCGUAUGGUGCACGAUGGGACACGCUGCUCCUACAAGGAUGCCUUCAGCCUCUGUGUGCGUGGGGAGUGCAAGAAGGUGGGCUGUGACGGAGUGAUCGGCUCCAGCAAGCAGGAAGAUAAGUGUGGCGUGUGCGGAGGGGACAACACCCACUGCAAAGUGGUCAAGGGCACAUUCACACGCUCCCCCAAGAAGCUCGGUUACAUCAAGAUGUUUGAGAUUCCGGCAGGAGCCAGGCACCUGCUCAUCCAGGAGGCAGACACUACCAGCCACCACCUGGCCGUCAAGAACCUAGAGACAGGCACGUUCAUUUUAAAUGAAGAGAAUGACGUGGACCCCAAUUCCAAAUCCUUCAUUGCUAUGGGCGUGGAGUGGGAGUACCGGGAUGAGGACGGCCGGGAGACGCUGCAGACCAUGGGCCCUCUCCACGGCACCAUCACCGUUCUGGUCAUCCCGCAGGGAGACGCCCGGAUCUCACUGACGUACAAGUACAUGAUCCAUGAGGACUCGCUCAACGUAGACGGCAACAAUGUCCUGGAAGACAACUCUGUGGGCUACGAGUGGGCCCUGAAGAAGUGGACUCCUUGCUCCAAGCCCUGCGGUGGAGGCUCCCAGUUCACCAAGUAUGGCUGCCGCCGGAGGCUAGACCACAAGAUGGUGCACCGAGGCUUCUGCGACGCCCUCACGAAGCCCAAAGCCAUCCGCCGGGCUUGCAACCCACAGGAGUGCUCCCAGCCAGUGUGGGUCACAGGGGAAUGGGAGCCUUGCAGUCAAAGCUGUGGGCGGACGGGCACGCAGGCUCGCACCGUGCGCUGCAUACAGCUGCUGCACAACAACACCACCCGCUCCGUGCACACCAAACACUGCAACGACGCCCGGCCCGAGGGCCGCCGGGCCUGCAAUCGUGAGCUCUGCCCUGGCCGGUGGCGGGCCGGACCCUGGUCCCAGUGCUCUGUGACCUGUGGCAAUGGUACCCAGGAGCGGCCAGUGCUCUGCCGAACGGUGGAUGACAACUUCGGGGUCUGCCAGGAGGAACGGCCUGAGACAGCCAGGAUCUGCCGGCUGGGCCCCUGUCCCCGAAACAUCUCUGAUCCUUCCAAGAAGAGCUACGUGGUUCAGUGGCUGUCCCGACCGGACCCCGACUCUCCAGUCCAGAAGACCUCGUCAAAGGCCCGCUGCCAAGGCGACAAGUCAAUGUUCUGUAGGAUGGAAGUCUUGUCACGCUAUUGCUCCAUCCCAGGCUACAACAGGCUGUGCUGCAGAUCCUGUAACCUGCACGACAACCUCACCGAUGUGGAUGACAGGGCGGAGCUGCCACCUGGGAAGAACAACGACAUUGAAGACCUCGUGCCCACCCUCCCAGUGCCCACCCUCGUCAUGGAGGUGCGGCCUCCGCCAGGCACGCCCUUGCAGGUGCCCCUCAACACUUCCAGCGCCAACGGCACUGAGGAUCACCCAGACACCAACGCAGUCGACGUGCCCUACAAAAUCAACGGCCUGGAUGAGGAAGGCCAGCCGCCCAACCUGAUCCCUCGACGACCGAGCCCGUAUGAAAAGACCAGAAACCAGAGAAUCCAAGAGCUCAUCGAUGAGAUGAGGAAGAAAGAGAUGCUCGGGAAGUUCUAAUAAAAUGGAAAGAUAGCAUCAAUAGCAUUUUUUUUCUUGCUUAUAGAUUAUAUUCCAUGGGAUGGCAGAUCGUGGAGAGGAAGUGAAAAUGUCUAAUUCCAACAGGUUUUAAGAAAACAAAGAGGAGAAUGACAUAAACAUCUAUACAUGUGGUUGUGAGCGCGGGGCAGCUAGGUUCACGCAUGUGUUUGUGUCCCAGCUCUGGAAUGUUCUAAGUCCUGUCCUGGGGUUGGGUGUGGAGUGGGGAGAGGAAACACGUGCCCCAAGUUUCUGAGCAGUGAUUGGGAAUCUUCCUGUCCUUGGUGGUGACAGCCCUUCUGGAGAACAUUCUGGAGAAAUGUUCUGCAGGAACAUUUCCUACCAAUCCCCAGACCGAGGCACAAGCCCCAUGGGGAACUCUUAUUAGGAGAAACAGUGAUUUGUUUACUAAUUGACCAGUCACUGAGAUGAGCACAAUGAAGUGGAGGCUGUGAACUUGAAAGUCGUGACGUCAAGGGCUGGGCAGGUGUCGAGGAUGAGUGUGGCAGCCCAUGGGGGACUGUGACCAACCUGAGAGCCGCACCCCACUAGUGCUGCUUUUGGGUUCCAGCCACUGCUGCCUCUGUGACCGCAGGCUCCUGGGGCCAGAUAGGGUGCUUUCAGUAGAAGUCUAGAUUUGCAUGCGAAAUCCUCAAUCCUAAAAGUUCAACCCAAAAUAUUUCCGGGCGGCGGGGGAGUUCUGGAAGGUCUUUUAGGGUCUAGAGCGACCAGGCUGCAGCCUCUGGUCUCCAGGCUCGGCCAGACGCAGUCUCUCGAAGUAACGACUUAAGGAAGGAAAGCCAUCUGGCCCGACUGGCGCUCAGGCACUGUGUUUGACUCAGCCCACCCUGAGCUGCGAAGCUGUCCACUUCUUCCCCAGAAGGUACGGAGAAUCCUGUAACUAACUGGACUUGAUCUGAACAGUGGGCUGCCUUUCCUACAGGAGGAGAAGACCGCAGGGUGCACUCUCUGGCUCUCCCAGGCCUCUUUCCUAUUGGCCCACCCGGCCUGCGUGCUGCCUCUUGGCCAGCCUGGCCUUGGCCCCGGGGCUCCCCAGGGGAGGCUCUCCCUCCCCAGGUGCGUUGGAAGAAUGAGGGGGGCAUGCGCUCUGCUGGAUAGUCCAGCAACUUUCCCAGAGGGGAGAGAAGGGGAGUGGCUGUGCUCUGGGUUCUGAGAUGGUGCUCUGCCUGCUCAGGUUUGCUCCUAAAGACGAAGGCCAGCUUCUAUUGCCUGCAGGGAUGGGGCGGGGGUGGGGGGUGGGGGGCGGGGUGGCCUUGCCCUGUCUCGCCCUGCUCCAUUCCUUGGCAGUUCCAGCAGUGAACUGUAAGAUUUGGCCUCCCAUGAGAAGCAUGGGGUGGGGGGUGGGGAGAGGGGAGAGCCUGCUUUAUCUUGUGCUGCUCCUAAGCUUUGACAACUUCUCUUUUCGGCAUAAUGGUGCUUUGUGAGCAAGAUGUGAAUGGAGAGAAGCAGGAAGGGAGGGGGAAGGUGGACGGGAGGAUGGCGACUAAUUUUUACCUCUCCCUGCAUUGGUAUUUUGUGAACAUGUGGCUUGCUUAAACUUCCCCAAAUUACGAGACCCAGGGGGCACUUCAGCUGCUUAGUUGGGCCAAGCCUGACACAUGAUUCUGAAGCUUUUUGUGUCUAGGAAGGUUCUAGAGCCUUUGUAUUCUCACCAGUCAUAGAUUUUAGAAAGCUCUUUUCUGUUUCGUUCCCCAUUUUAUGGAUGAGAACACUGAGGUUCAGGAGAAUACCAUGAUGGCUACUUUAUACUGAGUCUGAGGUGCUAGGUAUGUUUGAUUCUGUGCAUGCGUGCGGGUGUGUGUCUGUGUGUGAUCUAGGGCCAAAGUGAGGGUGUAGGAACCAGUGAGAGCGAUAUCUGGGAUGAUGCCUACCUUCCGACUGGGCGGUAACUAGCCUCCCCAACCCCCGCCUGUGCCAGCCGCCUCCCUCCUCUCUGCCAUCUUGUCCCACACAUACUCCUGCAUGUGCUGGUGUCUCAGAGGAGCUUGCUGGCUUCUAAGAAGCAAACUGGAGAAAACAUUCUUGGAGAUCUCUCACGGUAUCACCUCUUUGACAGAUGUGGUGUAACGUACUUUUGCAAUCCUGUCUCUCUAUAAUCAGGAAAGGGGUGUCUAAGCUUUCUCUCACUGGUUGACCCCUGGCAGCUGGUGCUAUUAUUCACAGGCUGAAGGACUGGGUAGCUCUUGCUUGGGUCUGUCCUGGGAUGCAGAGGAAAUUCAGGGUGACUGACCCUCACCAGAGAGUAUCACUCAGUUUACCCAGCCUGGGGGCCUCAGGAUGGGAACAGUCCAUUCCCAGAUCCCAACAAAGCAGGGCUGCAUGUCUCGGGGACUGGAAGCCUUUGGAGAGAGGCCCCAGGUGGGACACCCCCAGGGUACCUGUCUUCUUCUGGAAGGAGGGACAUGCCCCCUGGGAACUGUAGGCCGGCAUGGCCACCACCCCAUGUGUCAUACUCAGUACCUGGGGCCAUAUACCCACAGGGCUCUCUAGAACUAGACAGUCCUCAGGGGUCUCUCUGUCUAAGGAACACAGGGUUUACCAGACUUCGAGAAACUCAUCUCCACUGAGCUUGGGACCAGUCGGAGAGCCAGCUUAGCCACAGUCCCAUGACCUUUCAGAGCCGGCAUCCAUGUCGGGGGGCUCCCACAGCCUGCAGGCCAAGAAGAUUUCCUAGCUGACGUUCUGGAACAGCACGCUGAGAACUCAGAGGUCCCCUCUGACUGCGGCUCCAGAAAACUACGUUUGUGGGGAGACAACCUGCUGGGGUUUGGGGACUUGGCUCUCUGAUCUACUCCUUUUGGAAAACCCAUGGAAUUUCCUGUAUAAGCCUUUUGUUUGUAUUUUAAGGUUGUUUGUUUGGAGUCUAUACAUGGUGCUCAGCAGCAGUCUCUAUCAGGUGAAGCAUGAUGACUAUGUAGCCAGGCAGCCGCCGCACGAAAAAUCAUCAUGGUGCUGAACUCAAAUCACAGCAUUUUAUCUUAUCCAUCACAGCAAUCAACGUAUUUGUUUUCUGUAUAGAAAAAUUUGGCUUCUUGAUUUUAUAACUUAUUAAAGUCGAAAUGUCUGUGUAUUUUGCA